AUGAAAGGAAAGUACAGUCCUAAUCAACAUACAGCGGAAGCGACUAGUCAAAGUGUUGUACGUUCGAAUCUGCUUAAACGACGUGCAUCGGACACGCCGUUGGAUGGAGAGCGCGAAGAGAAACGAUUUUCAGGAGAAGAACACGUUAGUUCGAAGUCCCCCGUCCAGCAUCUGACGAGGCUAGCCGAUCUCUCACAGGACGCUACUGAGCGUUCAAUUGUUGAUUCAAACUCGUGGGAAGGCGAAAACGACAAAGUGGACGAUCCACAAACGCUACCCGAAUCGGUUGGGCAGAGUGAAGAGAAUGAUCCUCACCCACCGUCGGUUGGAGAAGCGUCGCUCAGUGUGCUGCCGGAUCCGGAGCACAGAACGGGUACUGAUGAAUCGGGCUUGAGUGGGGACAUAGUACCGAAUGCUGCGCAGAGUUCAAACGUGCCGACCGAGCGGAAGGAAGCUACCGACACGGAGAGAGUCAACAGUACUAGUAGCAGUAGUAGUUCCAGUUCUUCGGAAAGCUCUUCGUCAUCAUCUUCAUCAUCUUCCUCCUCGGAAAGUGACAGCUCCGACGAUGAAGCCGAGGCUAAUGGAACCAGUCCCGCAAUACGGGCAACCACGGGGCAGCAGCUACCGGUAGAGGCAAACGUAGCAUUCCAACCAUCACCUCCUCGAGAACCUAACGAUCCUGCGCCGCAGCAUCCGGAAGCAUUGCCUCCGGAAGGGCAACCGAAACGAGAUCACCAUCAAUUGUCGUACGGCAAUCACGAAACUUCCGAUGACAGCAGCCGCGAAAGCGCAGCGAUGGAGAUUGAUGAUUCGGUUGAAUCGUACGAGGAAGACGAACACGAUGGGACCACGAAUCAGGAGGAUGAAGCCAAAAUUACUCGCAGUGAAGGGUUGAAGCUUUCGAUAUCGCUAAAGCGGUCCUCUGCCGUUGCGACACCGACGAGAAACGAUGAGUCGACCGCUAGGGCGGUAGCAGGGGCUCCGUUACCGCAGCCUCUACAGCCGGUUGAUUUUAGCAAUCUGCUAAAAAAGGGAUUGUUCAACGAUAGGCAAGAACUGAUUAAAAUUGAUUAUAAUCAGGCACAUGUUGAGCUCAAUGCACGACAACCCUUAUCUCCCCCGGACACCUUCAGCACGGCAUAUGGCGCUCUGGGGCAACAGCAACUGCUCCCGACGGAGCAAGUUCAAUCGCAGCCUGCACCAACCUCUUCACACUGGAAUGCGUUUCGGGGUUACGGGAACACUGGCGGUAGCGCACUUAGUGUGGCCCAGGGAAACGGUCCAGGUGAAAAAACGACCACGUCCAUUUCUCGACUAGUACCACAGACCCGGGAGGAAUCGUCCGAUACAUUGGACGAAGAGAACCGAUUGGUGAUAGCGGAGAAGAAGCAGCGUCGGUAUCGGAAAAAGGUAAACAAUCACCAGUCGUCCUCGCUGUUGCAAAGCGCUCUCGGGGGAACGGACAAGCAGCUGCACUACAACCAGCAGCAGCUGCAGCAAUUUCAGCAGCUUCAGCAGCAAUUUCAGCAGUUACAGCAGCAACACCAGUUCCAGUACCAGAUGCAGCACGCUCCCCAUCUGCUACAGCAGAGCUACGGUCAGGUACAACAUAAUGCUUUCGGUGGUAUAGAUGGAAUGCUCGUCCCAUCGGUGGCAGCUAAUGCGCCCACGAUUGAACAGCUAAACACGAUGCCAGUGGCAACGAAACCCGUAAAAAGCGCCACCAACAAACGAUCAGGCGAGCAGAGGAAACGAAAACAAUUCAAAGGUGCGGCACCGAGUUCUGUCGGCAUAAACAGUGCGCCUGGUGAAUUCGUCCCACCGGCGGCAAGUCUAAAAGGGAAGAGCCUCGGUACCAAACCGGCAGAAGUACCGGCACUGGCCUCGUCGACCACUGUGCCUCCAGUAGAAAAGAAAAAAGACAAAAAGAAAGUUUUUCUAUGUUCGGCCUGCGGAACGCACUAUGAGAACUGGAAUCUCUUCGUACACAUGCUGGAAGUACACCGGAAGCAUAUUUGUCUGUACUGUCUGGGUAUCUUCCCGUCGGGGGACCGGUUAGUGAACCACCUGACGACGAAACACCACGUCCCACGGAAAUAUCCCACCAACCUGGUGGACUAUUUACAGCAGUACAACGGCUAUCGAAGUAGUGGCCCUCGGAAAGGAGCAGCCGAACGAACCGAGGAGUUUGGGUCGCGGUCAAGUGCCACUCCUUCAGACCAAACACUCUUUUUGAUGUGCUGUCGAUGUGAGCAUCUGUUCGAAAGUUCCGGCAAUCUACUGGAAACCCGGCAAGAGCACAUCAUAGAGCACAACUGUGCUGACUACGUGCAACCUUGUGCCAACUGUGGCCAGUUAAAAAUGUCCCGGCAUCGGUGCAAUGGCGUAGCGAACGUGUUGGAAGGUGCUGCCAAAAAGAAAGCGACCAGAAAACAGGGACCACCAGGCAAGAAAUCGGCUGCUGGCAAGAAACCGGAAAUCAACGGGGUCGUUCCUCCUUACAAUGAUUUGCUUAAGGCAGCAUCACAUUCUUUGAAAGAUCAACUAACCACCGGUGUUCGCGAUGCGACCACCGGUGGAGAAAGAGUUGAUAAGCUCGCCCGUGACGUGCUUCCCUCGAAGAUGGCGAGAAAAAAUGGACAACUCAAUCAACAGCAGCAGCAGCAGGAUCCGUUUCAAUCGGAUUGUUCGAAUAGCCACGGUGAUCAGUCAGGCCAGUUACCGCCUGGUAUAGGUAAUCCAUCCCUUUGCCUACCCAUGAACGGCGGUGAUCAUUACACGGAGGAGUUCGGAGUGAUUGCGCCCUCUACUGGUGCAAUAUCACCUGCAGAGGCUGCCAAGAUGCUUCCGGCGAUCGUACCUCCUGAUGAAUCGGUGAAUCAACAAUGUGUUUCCGAAGUCGUCACUCCUCUAGUGCCAAAAUUAAAGGUAAAAAUACCUAUCCAGUAUUUGACGCCGAUCGAAAGUGGAGAGUCGUCCAGCGAGAGCGAUGACGAUGAUGUGGAUGAAGAAGAGUACGAAGAAGAUGAUGAUGAAGGUGUGGCCGAUGAGGCGCAGGGCGGCCUGGACGAAGAGAAAAUGCAUGGUGGUGGGAACGCAGGCCAACAACGAGAUGAUCAUACGCUGGGAGAUGGGGAAAAAGCUGACGAUAUGCUUGAGAAUCCUGAAGCGCAAGUGGCACCACCGAUAGAAGAAAACGAAACCAAUGGACCACAGAUGAACGAAGCUGAGCCACUAAUACCACUCUUAGAGGCAACGUCACACGAUCCCGUUCCGAUGGAGAUUGAUGAAACUAUUUCGACGAAUCGCACCGUGGAAAAUGUUUAUUCGGAGGAAAUAAAGCAACCAUCGUUAUCACUUGACGUUUCGGUACCAUCCCAAGUAGGCGUGGAAAGUGCUUCGUUGGAAGCAACUACAUCCUACGUAUCGCACGAAAAAGAAAGCGCAUGUCACGGUGCGGAAGAAACGAAUGUGCCAACGGAGAACUCUCAACCUUCAACUGAAGUCUGCUGCGGGCCUCCACUUUCGGAUCUUGACUUUGAAUUUGUGUCUGGUAAGGUUGAAUCCGGUUUGGAACAGAACGAGAAUGCUAUGGGGGAAACAGCGAUAGAGCAAAUCAAAGUAGACGAUGGUGGUGAGAUAAGCUCAAACGCGGCGGCUGAUCCAACCGACGUGCCGACGGUUGAUAAAAUGGAAAAUGCACCCCACGAGGACGACGCGCUGGUGGUUGCCGAUGAUGAUGCACAGCUUUUCCACCUAACGCUGGAUGAGCCGCUGGAUCGGAUCCCGGUGCGAGAGUUUAUAAAAGUCUGCCUCCGAGAGACGGCGCGCUUCUGCCUGUACUGCAACCAUGCGCGACGGAUUGCAGUCAGCGGUCGGAGGCUUGUGCUGCACAUCAUUGCCAUGCACCGCUUCCAGGCAACGGUCAACAGCAUCACGGGCGAGGAACUCCAGCCGGACACCAUCCUUUCGCGCUUUCGUAACUCGCUCACCGAGCUGGACGGUGCGUACCUCAACGUCGAAACGUUCGACAACAGCUGGACACUGGAACAGCGCAGUGCGGUGCCGUUCACGAAGCAAUUCGAGUGUUUCCAGUGUCGCUUUGUGACGCUCGUGCACAAGGAGCUAUAUCUGCACAACCGCAAGAUGCACCAAAAGUCGAUGCUCUUCUGCCUGAUGUGUCGGGCGAAUUUUUUCAGCUAUAGCGAACUCCUGUGCCACCUGUGCCCGGGUGUGGCGAACCAGAUGACCAUCUUGGACUACACGUUUCGGUGCUGUGUGUGCCACUUGGACGGCAUACCGUCGGCGUUCCGGCUGAUGGUGCAUCUGCGAAAACGGCACUUUGCGUGCGACGUGUGCCUGGAGGAGUGCCAGGAUCAGGGUCGGCUGUCGAGCCACGUGUGGAAACACAAGCUGCACCACCUGUGCUACCGCUGCGGGAUAGGCUACCGCAACAAGGCGGACAUACUGAAGCACCUGUUCUGGAAGCAUGGCACCGAGGGAGUGCUCUGUAAGCGGUGUUUGCAGAAAAAGUGGCCCCACGUGUACCAUUUCUGUGUGCCACCGGCUCAGUACAUUUGCGACGUGUGCCAGCUGCCAUUUAAACGCUCCGUGGCACUGAAAGUACACCAGCGACUGCACAACGGUGACGCAAAGUACCCUUGCACGGAGGAUGGCUGCGAGAAGCGAUUUAUUUCGAAGAAGCUUCUGCUGAAGCAUGUUCAGCGCCACUUUCCGGACGAUUUGAGGCCACCAGCAGCAACCGUGAGGGACGGAGAGAAUGGACAGCAAGAGCCAGCGGUCGACGCCGGUGGCGAGCAGAAACCGAAAGACGAUGGUUCCGUGCAACUGACAGAAGCGCCGGAAGACAUCAAACCGGUCACUGAAUGCUCGGAACCGGGGGAAUCCAACGACACGGAUGAGCAAACGUUAGUAGUUAAAACCGAACAAGCAGAAACAGAAGCAGACAGUGUGACAGUUAAACAAGAGGAACGCUACGUGAAGGACCCGGUACAGGCUGCCGUUGACACCGGGGACAGCUUGUCGAACCAUAAGACACAACCAGCCAGCGACGAAACUGGUGCUGCAAACGGGAGCGCAGUGGACCAGUCGGUCGCGGUGGCGUCGACAGCCGUCGUUCCCGAUGGAGGCACCGUUCCUGCGAAGAAGUCCAAGAAAAAGAAAAAAGCGAAAUACGACGACAAAUCGAUGGUGGAUUUGAUUAACCUGCCGGCGUUGAAUCUGUCCGAGAGCGACAGUGAUGACACGGACAACGAAAGCUCCAAUGGUAGUGUCGACUCGAAACGGUUCCGAAACAGGCCCGAAGUUGCCGCGAACAAUGCCGACGCAAACCAGGAAGACGAAUCCGUCCCGGUGGAGCGGGAGCCGGCCACUGCCGUUGGGGAGCUGGCCAAUUUGGGCGUUGAAGAUAAGCUCAAAUCACCCGAACGGGCCGAAGAAGAAGGAGAGCAUCAGGUGGAGCCGGUCGAUGCCUCGGAUGGUGCUGGUCCCGUGCUUGAUCCGAUUGCCAACAUUUGGAACAACUUUAAGCGGUACCAAGCGCACCGCACCAGCAGCCGACAACAGUCAGCGACCGUGGACGAGGAGCUCCGGAUGGAGGAAGAGCUUGCGGAGCGAAUGCUUAAGACCACUAUCCUGCACGUGUCACAAUCGGACCAUGAUUACUGCAUGAUGUACAAGCCUGUCCUACCGGAGUCGGAGGCGGUUGCCGAUGGGCAAGAAUCGUUGCUGCUGAAGGCAGAACGGCGCGACGUGCAGGAAGUGGAAGAAUCCGGUCGCAAAUCGCGCAGUCAUGGACGAGGCUCGAAACCUGGUAGGCGUCGAAGGAAUUCCUCGGACAGUGGCGAUAGCAGUGAUUCGGAUUCGAGCAGCGAAUGUGGAUCGAACUGUAGCAGUAGCUCGAAUAGUUCCAGCAACAGUUCUAGCUCGAGUUCCGAUUCGGACAGCUCCGAUGACGACGAGGGAGGAAGGCGAAAAGCCACGGCAGGCAAAUCGAACCGUGAGAGCACCAGGCAGCCAAAUGCGGCAUCUACUGAAGCUGCAGAUGGAAAACCGGUCCCAGAAGAGGACGAACGAUCCACCCCAGAAGAACCCGCGGAACCGGUGGAUCCGGAUAGUGUUAUCGUCGAGUCGGACCUCGAGACGGAUGAGUCGGAAACGGACGAAGAGUUUUACGACGAGCACCCGCAAAAGUUGGCCGACCAGAUGCUGGCGGAGAAGCGUCGUCAGCUGUUCGCUCAGACGUGUUCCGGCACCAACAACAGUAGCAGCACCAGUCCACUGAAUGCCACCAAUCUGCUAAACUAUGGCAUCGUGGAGAACAGUCGCCCAUCGACGCCCUCGUUGCCACCGGAGGAGCAGCAGCAGGGAAGCAAAAAGAAGCUCAAGGUGAAGAAACGCAAACGAGAGCGCAAGUCCUCCAAACGCCAGAUGUCACCACAGAAGGUGUCCCACACGCUGGAUGCGCUGAUUGGUUCCACCAUCGCACCCGGGGGAGAUCUGGCUGUACCGACGGCACUCGCAGCGAACCACGCCCCGUGGCUGAUGGGGCAGGGGCUACCGAGCUCCGGUUUUGUGCCCGGUGGAGGCACUGUCCCACUCCCGCCAUCGCUACGAUCGUCUUUGGAAGCGAUGGUAGCGUUAGAUAUGGGUCACAUUGCUAACCCCGCAGUAGUACUAGGUCCAGAGUUAGUUACCGGAGGCAGCACCACGUUAGCUGUCGUGCCCUAUGUUCCCUCGCGCGAGGACAUUGCACAAAUCAGCACCCCUCGGUUGAGCACGGGCAAUAGCUCCGAAUCGGAUGCGCCGCUGAAGCGGUCCCAGCGCAGCCGCAAACCGAACAAGUUCUACGGCUACACGAGCGACGAUGAGGGCGCGGCUGGUUCGCUGCCACUCUCCGCCGGCAUCCCGUUAUCGGUGAACCCUGAAAAGUCGAUCCUAUCGCUCAUGAAACCGACGCCACCGCCCAACUUGGUGUGGAGCAAAGAGGAUCUACCGUCGCCACCGGGAAAAUCUUCGAAAGCGGUUUCGAGCGCUGCUGGUGGUGGCGUAAGAGGAACAGCCGCACAUCCGACGAACCGCCGUAGUUCUGACACCCAUCAGCUAACACCCGCAUCGUCUCGGCGCAACUCUGGCGUCGGAUACCCGCCGGUAGACGAUUCGCCGAUCGGUGGCGUCGGGUUUUCUCAGCUGGCCACGUUGCCGGUCACACCCGAUCAGCGUCGCCCACCGCUGCCAAAGUUGAAACUCUCGUUGGGUAAAAAGUCUCGUUCCAGUUUAACACCGAAAGGGGGAUCCGUGGCCAAAGGGGCUGCUAAGAGGCGUCGCACAACGACCCCGAAGACCCCCCGGGUAGGCACACCCAAAUCGGCCCCACCAACGGUCGCGUUUGGUAACGAAACGCCACAGAUGCCACCAAGUUUGACGUCCGUGGACAGCCCGUCAUCGUAUCCCGUCGUACCGGCAGCCGUUGAGCAACGUCCCCGGGUACCGCCGAUCGGAUCGUUCCCCAGUGUGCAGACGGAAUACUUUCGGCCGAAUCAGAUCCGCGUUCCGGCCGGAUGGCGUGCACCACGGGAGGGCGAAUCGGUUUACUGCUACUGCCGCUGUCCGUACGACGAGGUGUCGGAAAUGAUUGCCUGUGACGGUGAAAACUGUCAGAUCGAGUGGUUCCACUUUGAAUGCGUCGGCAUCGUAAUGCCACCGAAAGGUAAGUGGUUCUGUCGGGAGUGCAAGAAGAAGGCCGGCCUAUUGGACAUGGAUUACGGUAACGAAGCUGUCGCCGACGAGCGGGCGGCUACCACCACCGUACCAUAUCAGGGAGCCAUCGGUGGCGGCGUGAAUGGGCAGGUACCAUCUUUACCGGGCGUCUGGGGUAGUUCCUCUCAGUCGUAGGGCAGCGGUGCCCCAUAGAUCCUACCGGAGCUGGAAUCGAAAGAUGAUCAAAACGCUUAUUAAUUAGAAUCACGAGUAAUCAAGGGUAGCGCACGUACGCGCGAACAGGGCACGCUGUCAGCCACAGGAACAUGUCCGGCGCAGGUGUGCGCUGAAUUCGUUUAGCUUUACUUCGUACGGAAAUAACAUAGUUUCUCUGUAAGGUUUGAGUGGUUACGAGGCAGUACGGGCGAUGCCCGUGGUUUUGUAUAGAGUGUAAUCUGAGCUGUACUGUUGGAAUCGGCGGCAGAGACGGUCUCAAGUACCCGCGUCCAAUGUAGUAGAAAUACAAAUACCAUGAGCACAUGAGUGUGUUGACGAAAAAUGUUCGUGCUCGUGCGCACUUAUUUUACGUUAGAACUUAGAUUUGGCACUACUCGUUAGCCAGCAGGCAGCCAGGGUGUGUUUAGGAAUUGCAUAGGUGCGUGGUGUACUUUGUGUGUGCAUGGUUAAAAUGCGUGUUUCUCGCGGUCUGGAAGAAAAGAUACCUUCAUCGUUUACUUACUAAAUUCAUUGCAUCUAUAGAUCGGCAACACGCACACACACGCAUACUGUUCGGUAAUGAUUCUAAAGCACAAUUUAAAAGUUGAGGCCAUUGACAUUUAUCUUUCAAAACCUAGAGACUCCAGUGCGCGUGGUGGUGCGGGCAAAAUCGGCUGGGCCCCACUGUUUUAUUACCUAUCCCUAAACAGCGAUCUACAACCGCUCCAGUGGUGGUCAACACGCGCAUAACAUAAAACCCUCGCCCGGGAUACGACGGAGAAGCAGGAUCGCAGGAUAGAUUUUGAUCUCUACCGAUAUAUAUUUA